AUGGCCGAUGUUUAUACUGCCUUUGAUCAUCACGCCGCUGCCACUCACAAGCGAAAGAGGUUCCUCGACGACUGCGAUGAUCUAUUCUCUGACCGCGAUAUCAAAAGACGAUCAAUUCAUUCUCUACCAAUCCGAACUUCUCCGUCAAGACCUCAAAUUGCCACCCCCCCCAUCUAUUCACUCUUUAGCUCGGUCUAUCAGCAACCUCCGACGCCGGUGGACACCUCUGAAGAUGAGAGCCCUACUUCUCCCCGUGAUGAGAGUCACUGGCCCAUGAAGCAGAGCAACUCCAACGCCUCUCUCUCCAGUCAGAACAGCGACGCUUCCUCGACGAUGGCCCAACUUAGAGAUGUUGGCGAUGUCGAUAUGGAGCUAUCUGCACCACCGCCCACUGAGCCGAGGAUAAGACGCGCCCGUUCGAACGAUAUCGUUCCUCCUCAUCGCGAUCCCAACUUCCUCGGUGUCAUGGACCAGUUGCUACGGGAUAGAGUUCCGACUCCCAUCAGUAGCCAUUUCGAUAGUCGUGUUUCCGACUUGCCCAAAGUCCCUCGCCAUCAAUUUCCUCCUUUGCGUACAAAUCUCAGUCCGAUGUUGGAGCAGGAAUCCUGGAUCACUCGAGAUGGCCUGCCUAGCCCAGUCGAAGACCAAGACAUGGACAGCGUAAUGAUGAUCGACGAAACUAAUGAUACCAUGAGUGGCCUUCGCGUGAGUGGAGGCAAUGACUCCAUCGACGCUACUCUUUCUUCGCCUGUCUACUGGACUCCAACUGACGGGAAUUCAAGUCCGGGUCGGGGUAGGAACGCCAGACUUCAUAUGGGGUUUUUAAAUGGCUGUGAGAAGUGCAUCCAGAAGGUUCCUGGACACUACAGCCACAUUCUACGCUCAUGA